AUGAAUCAAUAGGGAAACAUGUAUGAUUUUAAGAUAGUGUUGGGAAGAGUGAAGGAGAAGAACAUGAGUGUGAGAUUAAAUUACAGUUAGACGAAGAGUGAGGAUUAUGAGAUGGUGAUAAAAUUGAAGGUGAAGAGCAACAUUGAUGUGAAAACUGCCGAUAGUGAAUUCAAGGAGAGGUGCAAGAGUACUUACACUAUUCUGACAUCGUUUGUGAAGUAAAUUCGAGAUUUUUUGAAGCCCACCUUUGCUCUCAGUUAUCAUGUAGAUGAACAAUAUGCAUACAUCACUUUUAAAUAUGCUAAUUAAGUGGAGCAGUAGGAGUUUAUGGAGAUCUGUUAAUUCAUUCGAGAGACAAUGGAGAAGUCAUAAGAAAGGGAAGAGGUGGAAUUAUAGAUUGAAAGUGAUUUGUCAUUUGAGAAAUUGGGUUAAAGUAUUUCGAAUGCUGUUUAUCAAAUGAAUUUGGAAGUGCAAGGUAAGGCUGAAUUUCAAAAGGACACUGUGAAGUUGUUGGAAAACCUCAAGAUGUGUAAACAAGAGAAUUUGCCUUACUUUUUGUAAGAGAAAUAUUUGAGUCAAAUUUUAAUAUAUCUUUAAUUAUUAGAGAAGGCUCAUGCAGAGGUUGAAAUCGAUAAGUUGGAAUACGAUUUGGGAUUUGCUCAACCCAGUAUUGAAUUGCCAUUCAAAUUUGCGAUCUAUGGGAAGUUAUAAAGGUUUGCUGAGGAGUAUUUGGAUUAGGGAAUCGAAUUGGCAAUUAAGGGGCCUGGUUUGAGUGCGGAGAUAGAUUUCACUUAUAAGGGGAGCUUGUUCACAUUGAUUGACAAUAUUUUAAUUAUUAAGUAAUGA